UUAGCUUGACGCAGCCUUGUGUCGGCGGUGGAAAGAGCGUGUGUCUCUCCUCCGAGGAUGACUUGACGUUGCACGUGCGCGUUCCAGGAUACUGGGGGUAGUAAACAUGUGGACUGCGACUUCUUGUUUAACAAUAGAUCCAUGAGUAAAAAGAUAUAAAGGGACCGCAAUUUGUUUCGCCAACUAAUGAAAUUGGCACUCGAAAAGAAGAAGUUUGACGUCAUUUUUGCACGGGGGGACUAUUAGUGACAUCAGAUGAUGGCCUACACUCUGGGCUCAGCCACUGACGGCCAGACACGCGGUGUAGGACCUCAGCACUGUGUCACACGGGUGGAGCUUUCUGUCACCGCUGCCAGUCUUCUUGACCGAGAUGUAGCCUCCAAGUCAGAUCCGUUCUGUGUUCUCUUCCAUGAAGUGGAUGGAAACUGGGUGGAGCUUGGCCGGACUGAAACAGCUGUUAAUAACCUGAACCCAGUUUUUGGAGUAAAGUUCCAAGUGGACUACCACUUUGAGGAGGUCCAGAAGCUUCGAUUUGCCAUGUUUGAUGAAGACAAGUGUGCCACACAGCUCUACGAACAUGAUUUCCUGGGAGAAUACAUUUGCACACUUGGAGUUAUUGUGUCCAAUAAGAAACUUCACAGACCAUUGGUCUUGGCUAACGGAAAGCCAGCUGGCAAAGGAUCCAUCACAAUAACAGCCCAGGAGCUGUCGGACAACAGAAUCAUCACUUUGACCCUGAGUGGGCGAAAACUGGACAAGAAGGACUUCUUCGGGAAGUCAGACCCAUAUCUGGAGUUUCACAAACAGGGAGAAGAUGAUAAAUGGAUGCUGGUACACCGGACAGAAGUGAUAAAGAACACUUUAGACCCUGCAUGGAAACCUUUUACCGUGCCUCUUGUUUCUCUCUGCAAUGGAGAUGUGGACAGAAACAUCAAGGUUCUGUGUUAUGACUACGACAAUGAUGGCGGCCAUGACUUCAUUGGAGAAUUUCAAACUACAGUGGCCAAGAUGAGUGAAGCGCAGAACUCGGUGGAGGUGGAAUUUGAAUGCAUCAACCCUAAGAAACAAAAGAAGAAGAAGAAUUAUAAGAACUCUGGAAUUAUAAUCCUCAAAUCAUGUAAGAUUACAAGAAACUACACUUUCCUGGAUUACAUACUGGGAGGAUGCCAGCUCAUGUUUACUGUCGGUAUAGACUUCACAGCCUCCAAUGGGAAUCCUCGAGAGCCAUCUUCCCUCCAUUAUAUUAACCCACUAGGCAGCAAUGAGUAUCUUGCUGCUAUUUUAGCCGUGGGACAAAUCAUACAAGACUAUGACACUGACAAAAUGUUUCCUGCUCUGGGAUUUGGAGCCCAACUUCCACCAGACUGGAAGGUGUCACAUGAAUUUGCCAUCAACUUUAACCCCACCGACCCCUUCUGCUCAGGCGUGGAGGGCAUUGCACAGGCUUACUCGGCCUGUCUCCCACACAUUCGUUUUUACGGACCGACAAACUUUGCUCCGAUCAUUAAUCACGUAGCCCGUUUUGCCGCCCAGGCCCUUCAGCAGGAGAAAGCAGCGCAGUACUUCACUCUCCUCAUUAUCACAGACGGUGUCAUCAGCGACAUGGAUGAGACGCGCCAUUCCAUUGUUCAGGCCUCCAAGUUGCCCAUGUCCAUCAUCAUCAUCGGCGUGGGCAAUGCAGACUUUGCUGCCAUGGAGUUUUUGGAUGGCGAUGCCAGCGUUUUGAGGUCCAACACGGGCGAGGAGGCCAUUCGAGACAUUGUGCAGUUUGUUCCCUUUAGGGAUUUCCGUAACGCACCGAAGGAGACCCUCGCCAAGUCAGUCUUGGCAGAGCUGCCUCAGCAGGUCACUCAGUACUUUAAACAGCGGAAUCUACCACCCAUCAACCCGGCGCCAGAGUGAGCGCACCAUAAAGCCCGAACUCAACAAUGUACAAUAGUGCUUCUGUCAACAGCCAGUCCAUAUUGAAAGGUGUACGUCCGCUGUUGCAUAAGACCUCAUAUGUAGAAGACAUCUUGGUAUUAUUUUAGAAUCGUCCAGUUUAAAAGAGUUGACUGGGUGAUGCCCAAUAUGAAUCUAUGAGAAAUCAUGUCUGGCGAGGGUGCAAAGUCAUGUGAAGGUGCAGGUGAAGCAGCCGUCAACUUACAAGGGAGGAAACGGUCGAUUAUUGAGGAUGUCAGUGUUUUGCUUUUUGCUCCUGUGUCUCGUGAUUGAUACCGUGUGAUUCAACGUUGUGGUGUAAAGUCUGCUUGGCUGAACUGUAUCAGUGGUCGUGUGGAUCUUCAGGUAGCAGAUCGGAUGAAGGUUAUUUACGUCUUGCCGACGUGUGAUGCACCCCCGUCACUGUUGCCCCCCCAGCCCCCAUGUAUGUGUGGAGAAGGCAUUCGUUGUGAACGACCAGACGUCCAACAGAACGGGAGGAGGAUGAGCAUGCUGAAGUGGGACAGCUGUGGGAUGCUGCCACCAUUUCACUUGCUCUUGCAAAAUCAUUGUGAUCAUCCUGCAUGUCGCUCGUCACUGUUUACAGUGUUUACGGUUUACAAUGUGCCUAUGGGCACAAAAGCGAGAGGGGUUAUUUUUGUGUUUUAUAAAUAUUUGCCACAUCUGAAGGCAUUAUUAAGUGAAAGAUGCAAAAGAGAUGUUACUGAUAUGCAUAAAUAGUAUAUAUUGACUGAAUAUUUAUAUGAUGUUGUGUAUUGAUAAACCCAUAGUUUUUAUUGUACUUUUUAUGCAGUGCAAAGUUGUGUUAUUAUAUUAUUACAAUGUGUAUCGGUGUCUCUUUGUACUAAGCGUGUUUCUUCAUUUUCUAAAGUUGUGUCCAUGUGAACACUCAGGUAAAUAAACAAAAUAACUACA